UUUUUUUCCUUUUUUUUCUUUCUUUUCUAUUCUUUUUCUUUUUGAACACAUUACAACAUAAUUAAUCAUUGUAUCAGCAACACUAGUAGCAACAAGAACUACCACGAGUCAUACAAUAGAAACGAACAGCAGAACAAUUUUUUUACCAUGUCCAUGACAGAAUACAAGCUGAAAAGGGAUGCUUGCCGGCCCAAAGUCUUGGAUAAGUACGACAUUAUAGGUUUUAUCAGUUCUGGUACUUAUGGUCGAGUUUACAAGGCGAAAUCAAAAAACAAAGACGAUACUCGGGAGUUUGCUAUUAAAAAGUUCAAACCUGAUCGGGAAGGCGAUACUCAUCAUUAUGUUGGUAUAUCACAAUCGGCUUGUCGUGAAAUAGCGCUUUGUCGUGAACUUAAUCAUCCUAAUGUUGUUGGACUUGAAGAAGUACUUUUAGAAGACAAGGCGAUCUUCAUGGUAUUUGAAUAUGCUGAACAUGAUUUUUUGCAAAUCAUUCAUCAUCAUUUACAUACUGAACGAAAACCAAUUCAAGAAGUUAUUGUCAAAUCUAUUUUAUGGCAACUGAUUAACGGUGUCGCCUACUUACAUGCCAACUGGGUACUUCAUCGUGAUUUAAAGCCUGCAAAUGUAUUAUUAACAAGUGAAGGCAUUGUAAAGACAGGUGAUCUUGGAUUAGCUCGAUUAUUCAACAAACCUCCUCAACCAUUAUUCAACGGUGAUAAAGUGGUGGUAACUAUAUGGUACAGAGCACCUGAAUUAUUAUUUGGAUCAAGACAUUAUACAAAAGCGGUGGAUAUGUGGGCUGUAGGAUGUAUUUUUGGUGAAUUAUUGGCACUGAAACCAAUCUUUAAAGGGGAUGAAGCAAAGAUGGACAACAAGAAAACAGUUCCUUUUCAGCGAAGUCAACUAUCAAAAAUAUUCGAAAUUUUGGGCACACCAGGAAAAGAUCGAUGGCCUACUAUAGAUCAAUUACCAGAUUAUAAUCAUCUCAGCUCUUUUCCACAAUGUCCAAACAAUUUGAAGCAAGCAUACCAAAUGAUGCCUGGUGUGAAAACUGAAUCUGGAUUCAAUUUAUUAUCUUCUCUUUUGGAAUAUGACCCAGCGAAAAGGAUAUCAGCGGAAAAAGCACUAAGUCAUCCUUACUUUCAAGAAGAACCAAAGCCAGUAAUGAAUGUAUUGGUACAACAAAAUGUUGAAUAUCCAUUAAGGCGUAUUACUCAAGAAGAUAAUGAUAUCAAAUCAACGAAAAGUAGCAUGACCAAGGAUGACCAUUCUGCAAGACCAGCGAAAAAGGCUAGAAAUGCAUAAUAGAAUAGAAAAGAAUAGUUAUCAAAUAGUGU